ACGGGGUUCACUCCGGACGGGGGAGAGAAUCCAAAGGGCGAGCCGAACAACCCAGCGGCAUCAUAUCCCUCCCACCGGCGCCGCGCUGCGCACUGCAGACGGAAACGGCCAAAGGAGAGCGGCGUGGGGCGGAGCGGGGGGCGAUGGGGAAGUACAUGCGCAAGUGCAGGGCGGAGGACGUCGCGGUGGGCGGCGUGGAGGUCACGCAGGCCGUCGGCGUCCGGACGCGGUCCCGGGCGGCCGCGGCCAACGUCGUCGUCUCCAAGAGGAGGCGCCCGCUGCCGCCCGCCUCGCCGUCGGCCUCGUCGGCCCUCGCUCGCGCCCAGGGCGGGAGCUGCUACCUGAAGCUGCGGAGCCGCAUGCUGUUCAUGGCCCCGCCGGCGCCUGCGUCGGCGUCGGCCGCUGCCGCCGGGCACGGGGCGCCGCCGCCGCUCCCGGCCGGCCUCUCGCGCUGCUCCAGCACGGCCUCGUCCGUGGACGCGUCGGCCGCGGCGCAGGACAGGAGCCUGCCGUCGUGCGGCUCCGACGCCGCUGCCAACAAGGCAGGCGCUCCGGAGGGCUCGGCGAGCAACAACGCGGAGAGCGGCGGCAACCGCGAGAGGCGAGAGACGACGCCGUCCAGCCAUUUCCCCGGCGACCUGAGCGACCUGGAGUCGGAUCUGGCGGGCAAGAACAGCGGCCGGUCGUCGCUGCCGCAAACGCUGGCCGCCCAGGCUCAGCCCGCCGCGAGGUCGAGGGUCCCGCCGGCGGCCGAGAUCGAGGAGUUCUUCGCGGCCGCCGAGGAGGCCGAGGCCAGGCGCUUCGCUUGCAAGUACAACUUCGACGUGGCCCGCGGCGUGCCCCUCGACUCCGGCCGGUACGAGUGGACCCCGGCGGUGAGCAGCAGCUAGGCAGGCGACGAAAGCGGGCGUGCAAAGGGGGGAGAGAAGCCGUAGCUAGAAAGUUACUCACUGUAGAGCUGGGGCGCCGGCCGGCCGGCCGGCCGUGUAGAAAGGCGAAGGGAAAAAGAUGCUCCGGAAAGAAGCAUUAUAGCCUAACCAACCAACCUACCACCGAUUCAUCAACAACUUUUUCUUUCACUCACUCGCUCACAUAUUCCCACCAUUAUCACUUCACACCCCCUUAAUCCUGAUUUUUCCCAGCAGCAGCAGCAGUAGUUUUACUUCCCUACUGGUACUUACUUGUUCAUCAGAGUCGUGUUUGACAGGAUAGAUCUCUCGAUCAGUCCCUUACUGUAAUUGUCACUACCUAGUUACCUGUAUUUGCCUGGAUUUUUUACUGUACAUCGUCGUCAGCAUCUAGCAGCAGCAGCUUCUUGCUGCUGCGCCGCAGAUCUAUAAUUUGAUUUGAGUGA